AUGAAAUUAAUGAGAGAGAAUUUUCAUAUAAAAAUAAGAGCUGAGUAAAGAUAGAAAGAAUUUGCUAAAAGAAGAAUUAUCAAAUUAUAAGCAACACCUUAAUAUUUCAGAUAAGCAGUUCUAGAAAAUCCAAUUAAUGAAUUGUUAAAAGAUAUAGAUUAACCAGAUUAUUUGUAGUUCAUCUCUUUUUUAAGCUCUGUAGAUGAUUAUUAAUGCAAUCUAUACCUUGUUGAAUAAGGAGUACUUACUGCUGCAUUUGAUAAAACAUUUUAACUUAUAAACACUUAUACAUAGACUUCAACUUAAGAAGCAAACCUAAAUUAUGUAAUUAAAAUUUUAGUUAAAAUUUAGUUACUUUCCAUUAUAGGAAAUUUAAUUGAUUUCAAUAAUCAUUCUAAUGAUGAUAUUAGAUCUAUAUUAUAAAGAGCCAUUGAAAUUAGUAAUUAUGCUAUGACAGAAUUCAAACUUACACUUGUCUGGCUUAUCGAUGAAUUUCUUAAAAAAGAACGAUUUAAUGAAGAAUUUCUAGCUUGUGUAACAGACUAUUUAUUCAAUAAUUUAUGUAGAAAAGACAUUUCCUCAGCUAUCUUUGAUACUAUUUUAAAUUUAUAAUGUGCUUAACCAGUUUACUUAUCUAAAGAACAUUUAAAUGAAUUAUAUAAACACAUAAAAGAUAGUGAUAGUUAAAUAGUUCAAAAAAGUCUAUUCAUUUUAGUCAAUUAUUUAGAAAUUGCUUCUAAAAUUGAUUUAGAUGAUGAACUCAUACUAUUUUUAAAUGAACUCUUUAAAAACAAGGAUUAUUUAGCAUUAUUACGGCUGUGUAAUAUAUUAUAUCCUAGAAUCUAACUUGAACCUAAAUUAAUACUAUAACGCAUGGAAAUGUGUGCUUUUGGACUUAAAUUAUAAGAGUAUUUCGAUUUGAUUAAUAAGUUGAUUAAAGAUGAAAUAUUAUCAACAACAGAAUACUUGAAAUCUUUAGAAAGUAUAGAUAUGGAAAAUUAAAGUGAAAAUAAUAAAACUAUGAUCCUAUAAUAAAAAUCUUAAUAUCAGGAUUGA